AGACAUGAUAUGAAUACUCUGAGUUUACCACUUAACAUUCGCCGUGGAGGCUCUGACACCAACCUGAAUUUUGAUGUACCAGAUGGAGUCCUAGAGUUUCAUAAAGUCAAACUCAGUGCAGAUAGUUUGAAACAGAAAAUCCUCAGGGUUACGGAACAAAUCAAAGUUGAACAAACAGCUCGAGAUGGAAAUGUAGCUGAAUAUUUGAAACUGGUAAACAGUGCCGACAAGCAACAGGCUGGGCGCAUUAAACAAGUCUUUGAAAAAAAGAACCAGAAAUCUGCCCACUCCAUUGCCCAGCUGCAGAAGAAACUGGAACAGUAUCACAAAAAGCUCAAGGAUAUUGAAAACGGAUCUUCCAAAGCUGCUAAGGAUACUUCCAAAGAUAACUUGAAAGAUAUUCAUCAUGGAAAGCCUCGUACCUCUGGGCAUGGAACAGAGAGCAGCAAGUCGGGUGUGCCAGGUGUAUCUUUGACACCACCUGUCUUUGUUUUCAGCAAGUCUAGAGAGUUUGCAAACCUGAUCCGAAACAAAUUUGGUAGCGCAGACAACAUUGCUCAUCUCAAAAAUACCUUGGAUGAGUUUCGGCCAGAAACGAGUUCUAGAACGUAUGGGGGCAGUGCCACCAUUGUUGCCAAACCAAAAUACGUUAGUGAUGAUGAAUGCUCAAGCGGGACCUCUGGCUCAGCAGAUAGUAAUGGGAACACUUCCUUUGGUCCUGCUGUGGCAAGUAACCUGGACAGCCAAGGAAAGCUUUCCAUGAUUUUGGAGGAACUAAGGGAAAUCAAGGAGACACAGUCCCAGUUAGCUGAUGAUAUUGAGAAUUUAAAAACACAAUUUAAAAGAGACUAUGGCUUUAUUUCUCAGAUGUUACAAGAGGAAAGAUAUAGAUAUGAAAGAUUGGAAGACCAGUUAAAUGACCUCACUGAUCUUCAUCAACAUGAGACAGCAAACUUGAAACAAGAGCUUGCCAGCAUUGAGGAGAAAGUGGCAUAUCAAGCAUAUGAACGGUCACGAGAUGUUCAGGAAGCCUUGGAAUCAUGCCAGACCCGGGUUUCAAAGCUGGAGCUCCAUCAGCAAGAACAGCAAGCGCAGCAGUCCGAAACAGUUAAUGCCAAAGUGCUCCUGGGGAAAUGUAUAAAUGUUAUCCUGGCCUUCAUGACUGUCAUCUUAGUGUGUGUUUCUACUAUUGCAAAGUUCAUUGCUCCUAUGAUGAAGAGCCGUUUUCAUAUCAUCUGCACUUUUUUUGCAGUGACACUGCUGGCAAUAUUUUGUAAAAACUGGGAUCAUAUCAUUUGUGCCAUAGAAAGGAUGAUUAUACCAAGAUGA